AUGACCCGCGCGCCCGCCGUCCAUUCCUCUGCUCCCUUUGCCCUGCACUCCGUGCACUCCAUCUCUCCCCCAGUCGUCUCCCCCCCAACUGUGCCAAUCUUCCCCCCUCUCUCCCUCCUGUUCUCUCUUUCCCUGCCUCACCCUGCCUGUCAAUCCGGUUCCUCCUCCACACCCUGCCCCUGCAGCUUCAACGUGUAUGUGUGUGCUGCGGCAGAGCACUGUCACGUACUGGUGUCCCAAGCUGAGGAGAGGAGAGAAGCCAAAGGCACCGAGCCGCCCGAGCCGCCCGACCCGCCCGAGCCGCCCGAGCCGCCCGAGCCGCCCGAGCCGCCUGAGGAGCCGAGCCGCUGGUGCCGCGGAGCCGCAGUUGCUGCUGAGCCGUCCGAGCAGCCGUGUUGCCGUGUUGCUGUGCUACUGAGCUGCCCGAACCGCCCUGUCUGGGCAGACGGUCUCUCUCUCUUUGACCUCACCUCUGGCGCCUCUCCUGCCCCUGCUGCUGAUGCUGACCCCACUGUUCGCUCCCAGUGGGCCACGCACGAUGCUGCUGCACGUCUUGCUGUGCGUCGCCACCUGCCUACCACUGAGCGCGCGCACUUUCGUCAGUACAAGAGUGCUCAGACCUUGUACGACGCUGUAGUUGCGCGCUACUCUUCCCCUGCCACUGCUGCACUGAGCCGCCUCAUGCUACCGUACCUCUUCCCUGACCUUGCAGCCUUUCCCACAGUCGCUGACCUCAUUACGCACCUCCGCACUAGUGACACUCGCUACCGCGCCGCGCUUCCUGCUGAGUUCUGCCCCAAGAACCCCCCCCCCAUGUACAUCACUCUCUAUUAUAUAGUCACCCGCCUCCCUGACUCCCUUCGUGUAGUCAGGGACCACUUCCUCUCAGUCUGUCCCACCACUCUCACUGUUGACCUCUUAGAGAAGGCCCUCCAAGCAGCGGAGAAGAGCAUAGUCGCUGUAGGAGCCUCUCGUGGUGACCCUCGCACCCCCAUCUUUGAGGGUCGGUCGGUGCGGCGUCUGCCCCUAGCGGGAGACGCCGCUCUGGCAAUGGCAAGGGGGGCAAGGGCGCGAGUGGAGCUAGCGGGGGCGGUGGAGGUGGCGGUGGAGGCGGCGGAGGGAGUGGGGGUGGCGGUGGGAGUGGUGGCGGGGGUGGAGGUGUCGGUGGCAGCAGUGGAGGCGGAGGCGGCGGAGGCGGCGGCGGUGCUAGCGGAGGCAGCGGUGGUGGCGGAGGUGGAGAAGGCGGUGGUGGAGGAGGUGGCGGUGGUCGGGGUGGCGCUUCGCACAGGAGCAGCCCUGGUGGUGCGUCAGCGUGGUGGGGGUUUUGGUCGGUGCACCUACGUCCUUCGCUCCGGCGACCGCGCGGGUGAGCAGUGUGGGGGUGCCCACCCCACCCAGCGCUGCUUUGGCCGCCUGACGGACGCUUGGCGUCAGCAGUUUCCAGAGGCCAGUGAGAUCCCCCGCUGGGGAGAGCUUCCUAGGGCAGGCGUAGCUAUCUUUGAUCUUGACUUUGAUGCUAUCCUUGCUGCCAUGUAUGCUGUGACUAUUAGUGAUGAGGGUGACUGUUACCGGUGUUUCCCGCCCGACCCGGGCAUUGGUACUGCUGCUCUAGGUGCUGGUGAGGCUGCUGCUCUAGGUGCCAGUGCGUCUGCGCCCUCAGGUGCUGGUGAGUCUGCGCUCUCAGGUACCACGUCGGCUUCGGCCUCCCUCACCUUCACACUUGACUCAGGGGCUUCUCGCUCCUUCUUACGAGACCGCACCACACUCACGCCGCUUGGUCGCCCGGUUGCAGUCUCCCUUGCAGACCCCUCUGGGGGUCCUGUCCUCUCUCACUUCUCCACUGUCCUCCCGUGUCCGGCUGCCCCCUCUGGCACCUUGUCUGGUCCUUACCUCCCCUCGUUCUCUACGAACUUGGUGAGUGGUGCUGACCUGCAGGAUACGGGGGUUCACCAGUUUACUCUUGCGAGUCAGCGGGUGACCCACUGCUCGGACGCUCGCACAGGCCGGCACCUGGCCACGUUUACGCGUCGGCCGGGGUCGAGCCUCUACACCCUGACCACUGGGUCUCCUCCUGUCCCUGCGUCUAGCCAGGUAGCUGCGUCAGGGCCUGGUCCUUCCUGUGUUCCCUGUGUUGAGGGGCGGCUCCGGGCUGCCCCUCACUCCUCUCAGUUUCCCCCGACAGAGGCUCCGCUGCAGACGCUUCACAUGGACGUGUGGGGCUCGGCUCGCGUCCGUGGACAGGGUCACGAGCGCUACUGCGUGCUGGUGGUUGACGACUACUCGCGUUACACCACAGUCUUCCCCUUGCGCAGCAAGGGUGAUGUCACUGAGCAAAAUGGGAUUGCUGAGCGCCGCAUUGGCAUGGUCAUGGACGUUGCUCGUACGUCCAUGAUGCAUGCGGCUGGCCCUCAUUUUCUGUGGCCGUUUGCGGUUCGGUACGCGGCGCAUCAGAUCAACCUUCACCCCAGGGUCUCCAUGCCGGAGACCUCCCCAGCUCUGCUGUGGACGGGGAAGGUAGGCGAUGCGUCUGGGUUCCGUGUCUGGGGAUCUCGGGCGUUUGUCCGCGACUUGUAUGCGGACAAACUGUCCACUCGUGCUGCUCCUUGUGUCUUCCUUGGCUUUCCCCCUGACGCACCAGGGUGGCAGUUCUACCACCCCUCCUCUCGUCGUGUUCUGUCCUCCCAAGACGUCACGUUUGACGAGUCGGUACCCUACUACUGUCUCUUCCCCUACCGCACUCCUUCCCUCCCCCCGCCGCCGCACUUCCUUGUGCCAGGUCCCCCCCAUGUAGACCCCCUCCCCCCUCAGGGUCCUGCCCCUUCAGGUGUGUCCCAGGUAGACGCAGUCGAGCCGGUCGAGGUUGCUGGUGACUCUGGUACUGCUACGGGUGCUGAGCCUGGGGGUGCUGACUCUGGGGGUGCUGCGCGAGUGGGUGCUGAGCCUGGGGGUACUGCGCCUGGGGGUGCUACGACUGGGGGUGCUGAGCCUGGGGGUCCUUCGCCUGGGGGUGCUGCGUUUGGAGCUGCUGAGCCUGGGGGUGCUGCGUCUAGAGCUGCUGAGCCUGGGUGUACUGAGUCUGGAGCUGCUGAGCCUGGGGGUGCGAAGCCUGCGGCCGCUGGACCUGCUCAUUUGGCGUCUGGCGGUGCUGGGCCUGGUGGUUCUCCGGGUGCUUCGUCUCGGCGGGAGCCACUCUCUCCAGAGGAGCUGCGUGAGUGGUGCUAG